GGAAGGCUGGUGACUUGGUUCGUUUGUGGACCAUCGAUAAAGACACCACCGCACAUGGGACAUGCCAGGUCUUAUGUUUGCUUCGAUAUUCAAAGACGUAUAAUGAUGGAUUACUUUGGAUACGAUGUUCAAUACAUUAUGAGUAUGAAUGAUAUUGAUCAUCAAAUACUUCUUCAAGCCAAUCGACUACGAUUACAUCAUGGCAAGCUUGAUCCAUCAAAGUCAUCAGUGGUCGCAGAGGCCUCCACUGAUUUUAUCAUGUGGAAUCAUUCCAAGACUGAUUGUGAACUGGCGUGGCCAUCACCUUGGGGCCCAGGCCAACCUAGUUGGCACGUACAAUGCUCGGCAAUGGCAAGCGAUAUACUCGGAUCAAACAUUGACAUUCACUCUGGUUGCGAGGAUUUCACAUUCCCUCAUCACAACAAUGUGAUAGCGCAAUGCGAGGCUCAUCAUGAAUGCAAUCAAUGGGCCAACUACUCUAUCCACACUGGACAUCUAACAUUUAGUGGACAGAGAAUGCAUAUGGAAAUCAAGAACUAUAUUACCAUCAAGUCUGCUCUUGAAAAGUUCACUGCCAGACAGUAG